CUGUGGAGAGUGCUCGAGACCCCGGGUUUGCCUCCAUACCAGUUACUAUGCAUGGAAAGUCUGUCCAGGAGUAGGAAGGUCAUUCACACUUGUAGCACAGUAGGAGCAAUCCAUUCAAACUGUCCUGGUUGGUCUCCAUCAGUAAGACACAGUGUGAAGAAGAAGACAAUGCUAUCACACACUGCCCUUCAAAAAGAAAGACAAGCACAAGCCUCAGCCAUAAUGAGGGAGAUUCAGGGAAACGAGUCAAGUGACCUGAACCUUGGAAAAAAAAUAAAUGUGCCCAGAGAAAUAAUGCUGGAAGAACUCUCUCUUCACAACAACCGAGGAGCAAGACUUUUUAAGAUGAGACAGAGAAGAUCUGACAAGUAUACAUUUGAAAACUUUCCUUAUGAAAUGGGGCAACAGACAAAUCAAAAUCAGGUUGACCAGAAUGAAAACACAGAAGAAAACUUAACUGAAUCCGUCCAACAAACAGCUCCUAAUACACCAGAUCCAAGAAGCCCUCCAAACCCUGAAAACAUUGCGCCAGGAUACACAGGUCCACUUAAAGAAAUUCCUCCAGAAAAAUUCAACGAGACUGCGGUUCCUAAGUAUUAUAUGUCUCCUUGGCAAGAGGCAAUUGUGAAUGAACCAGAUCUGGUAGAGGCUCUAUAUCCUAAAAUGCCCACACCGGAGAACAAAGUGGAGGCUCCAGACUACAGAAGCUUCAACAGGGCGGCAACUCCAUUUGGAGGAUUUGAAAAAGCAUCUAAGAUGAUCACUUUCAAGAUCCCAGAAUUUGACUUGCUCUCGAUGAACAACCUUACAUUUGACAUGUCUAUAGACCCCAUAAGGGCAAGAAAGUCUUUUAACAGAGCACCUCAAGGAUGGACAUCAGAAAACCCCCAUAUUAUAGUCUCUUCUGACAUCCUCUUCAAUCCUGAUGUCCCAGAAUCGGAUGAUCUAUAAAUCUUCUAAGUGAAAUCUAAAGCCCCGUUUUCUCACCUCAUGUACAGUAGUUUAGUUAUGGAUUCCAUGAUGUUUCUGAUUUACAUUUUGUAACCUGGAUUACCUGCUUUUCAGAAUGUAUCAUGUUUUAUUUUUGUAACUGGAAUGUUCACAUUAUUUCAGUGCUAGAAUGACAAGCCAUGGUCUCAGCUCAAUCCCUGCUUGUUAAAAUGCAAUUAAUAAACCACAACAGUGAGUUAACUACUGCA